AUGCCGGCAACGAGGAAGCGCACCCUGCGCGACGUCGAGCCCGAGGCCGAGACACCUGCUGCGGCACCGCAACUGCCAAAGGAGCCCACUACAUUGCUGCAUCGCAUCAGAAAUACGUGGCAGUUUGCCAAUCUAUUCCAAUGGAUAUUCCUCUUUGGCAAGGUCGUCAAGAUCGACGAGAGCAUAGAUAUCGAUGUCCUCGAGACUGAAUGUCUAAAGCCCGACUCCACCAUUCUCGUCGAGAUUGGCCUUGCCUUGCUCAAAUUCGUCUCGUCGCAUCGAGGACUAACACCAGAGCUUUUCGACGAAUAUACGAGGCGGCAAUACGUGGCCAAAAACCCCGACCGCAACCCUUUCGGCACGGAUGAGGAGCCGGCCAAGUUCAACAGCUUCGAUAUAUUUACCAAGCUUCGGGUCCUCCACCAGCUAACACAAUGGAUCAUGCUGCACUACCCCGACCGUAUCCGGGACAGGAUGGAUGAGCAGCGGCCUUCAGAUCAGACAGAAUGGAGAAUAGAGCCAUACGGCUGGGACAGCAAGGACCGCGAGUACUAUGUUCUAGAUGACGAUCGCCUGUAUCGUCGGACAGAGGCCCCGGCGCCUACUUCAGCUGCGUGGAAGCCCAAGAAGAACACAAAGAAGGCAAAGGCAGCAGCGAGGGCCGCAAAGCGCCGUCGCGUCUCACGCUCUGCAGCAGCAGAUGCCGAAGAUGCUGACGAUGGCGACAACGAACAGGCCUCCGGAAACGAAGAAGUAUCCCCACCCGAAGAUGAUGGCUUCGGCGGUGCUCAUUGGGAAUGCAUCGCUGUUACAUUGCUCGAGGUUCAGGCGUUCCUGCAGACAAUUCGCAAGACUCGCGAUGAGAAUGAGAAAAUCUUGAGGGACCGGAUCGAGGAAGGCCUGCUACCGAUCCUGCAGAAGCACGAAGAGUCUCGCAAGAGGAAGGCAUUGGCAAGGGAAAAGGAGCUUCUCAGCUUGGAGAAGAUGGCACAUGCCAAGAGAUCCAGUCGUCUAGCUGGCAAAGCAGAGCGCCAGAAGCAGGAUGAGGAGGUUAAGCUGGAAGAGGACAGACGUCGCAAGGAAGAAGCUGCCGCGAGAAAGGAAGAGCAGUUGCGCAUCAAGCGGGAGGUCGAGCGAGACAACAGGCUAAUGUCGCGUCAGAACCGGCUCAAGGAACGAGAGACCCGUCGCCUGAAGCAUCAGGAAGAACUGGCACACCUCUCUGAAGACAGCAGGAAUGUUGAUUCAGAUGGUACAAGCAGACUCUCGGGUCGCCGGUUACAAGCUGAAAUUGCCAAGAAUAAGCAAGCUCUACAAGAGCUGGAAGACGAGGAGGAAGACUGGGUCUUCGAUUGUGUGUGUGGCGUUCAUGGCCAAGUUGAUGAUGGAACCCACAGCAUUGCAUGUGAGAAGUGCAGCGUAUGGCAACACAGCAAAUGCGUGGGAGUAAGUGAGGAUGAGGCCGACCGGGAUGAUUUCCAUUUCAUCUGCAGCACCUGCAAGCGGAAAGAUGCAAAACCGAAACCGACUGUCAUCAAACUCAAGGUUAAGAACCCUGAUGACGUUCCGUCGUCACCACCUGCGGCCCAAUCUGCGGGCACUACACCUCAAAGGCAACGCCUAGAGGCGCAACAGUCUGACUUGGUUGUUGGAAUUCCCACAAAGCUGCCUCUAAAGCCAGCGCUGUCCCCUCGUGCAGAGGGGUCGGAUGUUAUAGGCCGGCCGCUUAUCGAGUCUCAAUCGCAACAAAUUAGUCAACACCAGGCAUCUAGGCCACCAGUCAUCCCCGUCAAGGCAUCCGGUCCGCCAAGCAUUCUGCCUCCUCCUUCACCCUACACCAAUGGUGAGGGGCCAAACCCAUUCUCAUCACCACAUCCGACCCUGUCGCCUCCACAGCAAUCGCCCAACAAGUCCCGGGCAUAUUCUACUAUCAAUCCGUCAUCUCCCUCGGCGCCAUCUGAAGCCGGCGAGCACAGGAGUCUCCCCCCAAAGGGCGUAUUCCACAUCUCACCAAAGAUGAACGGCUCACUGCCACAACAAAAGCUCCCCAACAGCAUCCUGCCUCCACACGCUGAUGUGUCGGUGCCCCCGAUCGCAGCCAGGUCCGAUUCUCCGUUGAAACAGCCCCUGGAAAACGCAGUCAGCAACCUACCAGACCUUUCACCACCUUCAGUCUCGUUCUCCUCCUCAAACCGACCACCCAGUAGUAGCGCUACACCCGCUGGCCUCACCACACCCAAACUGACACACGGUCAACCUGUACCAGCUUCGGACAUUAAAACCCCGACUUUACCCCCGAUACAGAAUGGUCUCUCACCACUAAAGCGCUCACCGCCCCCGCCGCAAAAGUCGAGCAGCGGGUCGCAUUCAACACCUGCCCCGUCUGUUCUCCCCCCUGUUGCGGCACUCUCACCAACUCCCUCACAACAAAUCCUGACUCCGCCGGUCAAGCCUGUUGAUCCUGUACGGCCCGGGUCCCAGCAUUCCAAUGGGUCUACUGGAAAUUUGUGA